UAUAAAGGAGGCAAAUCCGGCGCACGGAGAGCAGAGAGAGAGAGACAGGGACCAGGACCAGGACCGGACCGGACUAUCUGGACUUUACCGAACCGGACCUGCUGAGCGGACAGGAUGAAGAUACCUCUGCUGCUGCUGCUGCUGUCCGCGCAGAGCUGCUCCGGGGCUACAGACUCAUAUCCUCCAGCUCACAACCUCACUUGGACCUCCAUCAACUUCAAAACCCUCCUGAGCUGGGCCCCCAAACCUUCGGCCGAUUACUCCUACACCGUGGAGUUCUCUGUGUCUGGAGGAGACAGACAGAGGAUCCACCAAUGCAUCCGCUCCAACGCCACGGAGUGCGACCUGUCCCGCUCCCUGACGGAGCUGAAGUCCUGCUACACGGCCGACGUCCUGUCAGAACCGCCGCUGGGAACCACAUCGGACCUCACCGAGUUCCCUCACUCCACCUCGCCACGGUUCUGCCCCUACCAAGACACCGACAUCGGGAGGCCCGACUUCAGCCUGAACGUCAGCCAGGACCAGCAGACCACCACGCUGUACGUGAGCGACCCCCCCACCGCGCUCUUCAUCGGUGACCGCCAGUUGAACAUCAGAGACGUCUUCGCUGACGACCUGCGAUACAGAGUCAAGUACCGGAAGAAGAAGAGCAGCGGCAUAAAAACCUUGGACUCCGGCUUCAGCGUGAUCCCCAUGAGCAGUCUGGACCGCGGAGAGAGCUACUGCUUCACCGUCCAGGCGUACAUCCCCAGCCGCCGCACCGCCAAGCAGUUUGGAGAGGAGAGCGCCACCAAGUGUUCUGGAGGGGAGGAGCGGUCCAUCUUCAAAGUCUUUUCUCCGGCUGUGAUCGCUGGCGGUCUCCUGCUCAUCCCGCUGACCCUCGGCCUGAUCGUCACCGUCAUCUGCUGGAAGCGGAAGAGAAAAGCGGCGAAGGCUGGGAUGGAGCGGCGUCCUCUGAGGGACGCCUAGGCGUCCGUGGCGGAGCGGUGCUGGCUGAGGUUUCUGUGAAACGUUUGAACUCAGCUUCAGCAGCUUCAGGUUCUGUCUGACAGCGGUACGUCUGACCGGGUUCCACCCAACCUCAAUCUGGACUGGCUGGUUUCCAUGGCGAUAGAGAAGCUGGGAUCAUUUUAUUUUUUUACUAAUGGAAUAUUUUCUACCUGCUGUUUAAUUUAUUGUGGGUUCUGGUGGGGUGAUUUUAUGGAUGUUUGAAUCAAACUAACUUUUUAUGGAUCCUGAUGUUCUGCUUUGAUCUGAAUCAAUAAAGAUUUUCAUCUUAAA